AUGCCCCUCCCGGCGCCGCCCCCUCUCGCUCUAUGCCUCUCCCGGCUCCGCCGCGUCUCUGGUCAACCUCCCAAGUCCCGCGCAAUGAAGAGAGGACGAAAAUUCGUCCCGCGAGCGAGUCGCUCGCGCGCGAUCUCUCCCCUCCUUGAUCCGCCCAACGCUCCAAGCCACAGUCGACAAAGACGGGACAGAAACGGUUCCCACAAGCGAGUUCGUCGUGCUGCCCGUCCCCGUCGAGGAGUCGCGGCGCCCGCGAACUGCAUUUUCCCCCCUCUGCCGCUCUCGACUCUCCCUCGCAACCUCCCGCUGACCUGGAACCAACCCGGGGUGGACAAAGACGGGACGGAUCGGCGUCCCGCGGGCGGGUCCUCCGUGUGGGUUGUCGACGCCGUGCUGGUGACAGCCUCGCUGUCGCUGUCGCUGUCGCGCGAGCGCUGUUUAGCUGGAUCGCGCGGCGGUUGUGCUGCUCGCGAACGCCUGUGGUCAGACAGAAACAGAUCGACGUCCCGCCGCUUGCGGGUCGUCGCGCUGUCCCUCUCCGACGAGCAGCCACCGCUCCUCCGCGCCGUUCACUCCAUGGAAGCGACCUGCGGGACGGUUCUUCGUCCCGCGAGCGGGGCCGGCGCGCUGUCCCUGGGGUAUCUCGACGCACCCAGCUAG